AUGAAUACUCUCAUGGAUGUCCUUCACCACAGGCCAGGAUGGGUGGAAGUAAAGGAUGAAGGAGAGUGGGAUUUCUACUGGUGCGAUGUCAGCUGGCUCCGGGAGAAUUUCGACCACACCUACAUGGAUGAACACAUGCGGAUCAGUCACUUCCGAAACCACUACGAGCUGACCCGCAAGAACUACAUGGUGAAGAACCUGAAGCGCUUCCGGAAACAGCUGGAACGCGAGGCGGGAAAGCUGGAGGCAGCCAAGUGCGACUUCUUCCCCAAAACCUUCGAGAUGCCCUGCGAGUACCAUCUGUUUGUGGAGGAGUUUCGCAAAAACCCAGGAAUCACCUGGAUCAUGAAGCCUGUAGCCCGGUCGCAGGGGAAGGGCAUCUUCCUCUUCCGGAGGCUGAAGGACAUCAUGGACUGGAAGAAGGACACAAGAAGUUCUGAUGACCAGAAAGAUGAUAUUCCCGUGGAGAGCUAUGUAGCUCAGCGUUACAUCGAAAAUCCCUACCUGAUAGGAGGCCGCAAGUUUGACCUGCGUGUCUAUGUGCUGGUGAUGUCGUACAUGCCGCUGCGAGCCUGGCUGUACCGGGACGGCUUCGCCCGAUUCUCCAACACCCGCUUCACACUGAACAGCAUUGAUGACCAGUAUGUUCACCUCACCAAUGUCGCCGUGCAAAAGACGUCUCCCGACUACCACCCAAAGAAGGGCUGCAAGUGGAUGCUGCAGCGCUUCCGGCAGUAUCUGGCGUCCAAGCACGGGCCCGAGGCAGUGGAGACGCUCUUCAGUGACAUGGACAACAUCUUCAUCAGAAGCCUGCAGAGCGUGCAGAAGGUGAUCAUCAGCGACAAGCACUGCUUCGAGCUGUAUGGCUAUGACAUCCUCAUAGACCAGGACCUCAAGCCGUGGCUCCUGGAGGUCAAUGCAUCCCCAUCACUGACAGCCAGCAGCCAGGAGGACUAUGAGCUCAAGACCUGCCUCCUGGAAGACACCCUGCACAUCGUGGACAUGGAGGGCAGACUCACGGGAAGAGAGAAGCGAGUGGGAGGCUUCGACCUCAUGUGGAACGAUGGCCCUGUCAGCAGAGAAGACGGGCCUCAUGACCUGUCGGGGCUGGGGAACAUUGUGACCAACACGCACCUUGGCUGCGUCAAUGAUCGGAAAAAACAGCUGAGGCAGCUGUUCCGCUCCCUUCAAGGCCAGAAGAAAACUCCCAACUAA